AUGUUCUGCGAUGGAGAAGGCGCAGCGCGACUGAACCAGGCAGGCCUCAGAACCAAUCUGCCGGAACCACAGCGGAAAGCACGUCAUGUACGCCCGUCAAUCAUGGAAUUUUGUUAUUUUUGCCAAAAUCGUGUACCUAUCCAGAAACAUGUAUUUGUGGUCAACGAGUAGCGCAACACUGACGUCAUGGGGACAUCUCCCCGCUGGAGCAUUUUUUUGUUUUCUCGUUUGGGGGGAGUCCCCAUGACCAAUUGCACGAAAUGUCAGUCUCAUUUGUUGCCCACCAUGAAUGAGUUGCCACCCAUGAAAGGGCAGACACACCCGUGCUGUCGGAGAAGUUUACCGUACCGUUUGUCCGUUCUGGCCGUUGCCGGUGACAUCUGUUCGAAGGGCCGUGAUGUGUUCGCUAAGAAAACGACAGAGCAGCAAAUGACGACCUAUUGUGGUUCUUUCGUCUUGAAACGCCUCCCAUUUUCGGACACCGUAAGAAGGGCCACAUCACACAGAAGAUGGUCCAAUUUUUUUUGCAGUUGUAUGAGACUUUGUAUGUUGCCGUCAAAAACUCACAAGUCUUUCCUUCUGUGAGUGGCAACGCGUUGUGCUCCGGCUCAAUGUGUUGCGAACUGAACCCCGAGACAUUCAGAUUUUCAUUCUCCGUGGCUUCACGGCAUCAGCAGCACCAGGAAGCAUGAGGUUGAUGUUGCCCACGAUGAUCCACUGCCCGUCCGAGAGAUUCUUCGGUACAGUCCUAUUGUCAGCCUAGUGGUUCAUCGUCUGUUUCCAUCGACGAUACUGACGAAACUGGGGUAUUCCGACAUGGAUGUCCUUCGCUCGCGGGAGGAAUGAAUCGGCGGCUGAAAUCAUUAAUCUGCGGUGAUCCCGCAAUGUGUGCCCUUGCGUGGUUCUUUGGGAACCACUUCAGCGGUGAGAUGUGUUGGAGUGGAGUGGCGAAAGGGAGAACGCUUGGUCCGUUCUCGGCAGAUUCCAGUUACCACUUUCAACUGAUCGCGUCUGCGUGUUGAUAUUUUUUUUCCGUAGCUUGUUCGCCUUUAUGCUUGAACGCACCCUUUGCACGGAAGGGAUGCCAUAAAUGUGUAAAAUUCCGUCGGCCUAUUUCCGCGACGAUUCUACUUGUUUCAUAUUGCCGAGAAUACGCUCACCGUUCUUUCCCCCACUGUGACCGUGGAGUCGAGUUUUGUCUUCAUUUGCAGGAAUGAACCUUUGCCCACUUGUUUGGAGGUUGUGUCAAAGCAAGGUCGAUGUCAAACUAGACGACUCGCACUUGGCUUGAAUGUGGGACCGACGUCAGGAAAUCGUUCUUGUCGUUUAUAUUCCGAGAGCUGCUUAAUUUUUCUUGAACUCUGGCAUGCCGCCAAAGAAGGUGAAGAAUAAGGAGUAGAGCGCUGCGACCAUUCCCUCCACCCGUCAUUCAGCAAUUUGUGUUGUCACCAACAACAGUUCAUACAUAUUCCCCCUUACGCUGGGAACGUUGCAGGCCUCACCAAUCUAAACACAGCUGAAGAGCAAACACGUAGUUGCCACAGUCGCCCACCAUAUUGUGUGAAGCAACAUUUGCUCGUGACGCCAGGACUCUACCUGCAGUUUCGAUAUGCCAUGGUGCUGGGUUCGACGGCAUUUAAGUGUCAACAUCCUUCUUCUCUGUAGUCCGCAUGCAGCACGUUGAUCCCAACUAUAUUCAGAAGCAACCCUGCCGCCUGCUCAAGCGAGCUGAGCGAUUUUCACAACAUCAACAAUCGAAGCGCUUCAGCACGAAAUUGAGUGCCAGGCACUCGUCUCGGUGGUUCAGCGUGUAACAUCGCAAUGUUGCAACCUUUGGCGUGAGUGAGAGCUGCAACAAACCGCGGAGCGUGCUCUCUUUCCCAGUGCCAAUCGUUUCGUGUGUAAGUUCCGGCUUAGCUAAGGUGUUCUGUGGCGGGCGGUGGUCCCGUGCUAACUUGGUCUUGUGGCCCUACUGACUGACGCUCGUCGACCUUCGACCGCGCUGUGGGGAAUAUCCCCCCAAGGUCUCCCUUGAAUUCAACGAGGUUCCCGAACAUGCGCAAGGACCAGUCGGGAAGCCGUUGGUGACGGUUGUGUCGAAACAACUUCCCCCCUGCGUGAUAUUUCGCCCCAUUAACCAAGAAAAGUAGGACACCGCGUGACGCGUUGCAAGCCUCGGAAUACUUUAAGCGAAUAAGAGCACACCCCGUUAAAUGCCGGUUUCAAGAGGAAGUACGCUCCGCGAACCCCCCUCGAACGGAGCGCAUUGCCUUGCAUGUGAUGGCGAAACUCCGCCGUGUUGUAGCGCGAAUCCAGAGUGGCCAUUGUACGCGGCGCCGAAGGAGAAACUCUCUCCCGCCCACGGUUUUCGCACGAAACUACUGGGACGCUUUGUCGAACCCGCACUGAUGCGAUAUCCACAUAAGCGUUUAUCGCAAACUCGCCGGAAAUGCACACUUUCGAGAAUUCGGCAUUAGCAAGACCGUGGCCACUUCGUUCGAGCGUCGCAAAUAUUUCCUAGUUCUCGUUGGCACUUGCAAAGUAUCUCCAUGGAUUGCUGUGCUCGGCGCAACAUCUGUAUCCCGUGCGUUGAGGAAAUCCAAGCCCCGGCAUUAUCGAGUUAAGGAUUGCAAAGAAUUACCCGAAAUAUUGAGUGAGCCAAAACAUCUUCGCCUUCGAAUGUGCCGCCGCGUACCUCGCCAUCGAAGCAGGCAUGGGCGCGGCGGCCGUCGCAAAUAGCGUCCGAAUAGAAGUCACGGUAUCUCUCAAGAUUCCUUUUCACGUCAACUCGAUACUUCCUGGAAGCGAACGGGGCAAAAGGUUUAGUUCCACAGCUUAAUCGUUUUUACGCCCGUGGUUGCAUCAGCAUUCCAAUUUCAUUUUAUCUUGUUCCCCUGUGAUUUUUCUUGACAACUAUUCCCCUAUCAUUAUCUACGACCACUGCUCUGCACCAGUGAUUUCGUGUGGCUGGCCGCUGAACUGUCAGAGCCCAUAGGUCCUGUUUGUACCGUUGUGUCCUUUUCACGCUUGCCGAGGUUUGCUCUUUCUCCUGCUUGGUUGGUUUCCAUAUUCUACAUCUUGCACAAGUCAAGGUAGCAAACGACGUCAUCUGCACAUGUCCACCGUACCGUCGACGCGAACGUCUUUGUUAGACAUUACCCGGUGUAACCCUAUUGGUGGCGGGUUUAUUCGGAGCACUGUACUGGGUCACACGGACAUCUGACGAUGAAGAAAUAGCGAGCCUGACUGACAACCCUGUCUCCAGACUCCUACGUGGGAGUUUGUUCUGUGAGUACUCGUACGUUUCUCAGUCUGAUGACUGAAGGAUGAGGUAUGAAUGAACGUGAUUCACUCCACUGACACCUACCGACAUACUUCGUACGUUUCAAUUGUGUCGUCGUGCAAAUAGGGACCAAGGAGGACGUCCAACGGCUGCUCCCGGGUUGCAGCGUGUGUUGGCACUUCUGGUCUGGUUGAACAAGCGACCCCGGCCACUGAAUACCAGCACCUUGAGCAAAGCAAGAAGGCCGAAGGGUGGAUGAUUGUGGUCUCAGGGUGUUGUCCCCUUGCACUUUCCUCCUUGGACAUUGUGGACCGGACGGCACGUUUUCCAUGCGCGCCCACGAAUGUGGGUUCGUGAGUACUGAAUGGCGUUUGGAAGCUGUAGCUCAUGUGCUUGGGGAGAAGGUAGAUGGCAGUCAACAUGACUAGAGUUAUUGCUUGGUGUUGUUGGUAAAUUCCCGCCGAGGGAACGGUUGGUGUUUUCAUACUGUUUCCCCACGAACUCUGGGAAAUCGGGGGCGCCAGUGUAAGCGAAUGAGGGGGUUGACAAUAUUCGUCCACCAUCGGCGCAGGCUCUAUUGCUUGGUUCAUGGCUUCCGCCAACAGAGGGUUUCCCCCCGCGCCGCUCUGAUCGCUGUUUUUGCAUGGGGAUGGUUUUCUUGCUCUCCAAAUUCUUGUGUGUGUCGAUGAGAUGUGUUUCGGAACUUUGACGUGACAACUAACAUUUCGGUUAGAGCUGCCUUUAGAAUCUUCUGUCCGUGCUCGUCUUGUUCGUACUUUUAUUCUGUCCUGUUCUGUGUUUUCGUUUCAGAGACGAGCUUGUUUUGUGUGCUCGCGCGUUUCCCUCGACGUGUCACGUGGGUAGCCUAGGAGUGAUGGCCAGGCUUGAAGUUGCCGUAUAUUUUAUUGGCAAACUUGGCACGGUCAACAUUGCCAUUAUUCCGGUCUGCUUCCGCUCAAACGUGCCAGCAGCAUGAAGAGAGAUGAGGUGUUGUAUUUUCAGUUAUAUUCAUACAUUGCUUGUGUUCAUUCUUAGCCGCUAGUCCCCCUAGGCCCUUGGUUUCCUUUCGUUGACUAAGCGGAAACCUGCGAAUGAAGCUUCCUCGUUUCGUGAGCUGCAAUCACCUCAUCCGGUUUUCGCGUCAUGACUUCGGAAGGGUUCCUAUGAACGUGAUUACAGGUCUUGGUUGUCUGCUUCCAGUGCACGCAGUCGACGGGUUUUUCGGUGUGCUUGUCGAAGAAGGUGGAGAAAUGUUUGCUUGGUUUAUGGCAUAAACGUGCAUGCUGUCGGCCGGCCGCCUCCAUGGUGCCUUCGUUUCCCCCUCGGUGUCGUGCGGUCAGGUGGCGUCGCUGACCACUGUCAUGCACAAGAAUGGCGCCUUCCCCUUGGUGUGUUGGGGGGGAGUUCCAGCGCAUCUGCGAUCAGUAUCUUGGGAGGGCAUUUAUCUAUGUAGUCUUUGCUCGUUUCAAUAUCCGCAAGUGCCCACGGCAGAAAAAACCGGCGUUUUUUUUAAUGUUGUCGGACUCUCUGUGCCAUCAUGAUGGGCAAGGUCACAAGCGACUUCUAACUUCACGAUGCUAGCAUUGAAAACUGAACACAUAAUUCUGUGGCACAACCAGAGUACACUGUCGUCUAGGUUGCGUAUCCUCCAUUUGCAAAAGUUUUGCCGUGCGAACAAACAACGCCGGGGGUACGUUUUGGAUGACUGUUUUUUCUCUGGCGGUUGACUGGCUUGCAUCCGGGGUGCUGAGGUUCGUUUCUUCGCCUCUUGCCAGCCAUCCUUCUUUCGAGUGAACGUAGGCGAUACAUUCUCGAUUGUGCCCUUUUGUCAUGCACGCUUUAGCUGCUGCGCAAGUCUGUUUGGGUGUGGAUGCCGAUGUGCUCUGCGUUGUAUGUGCUUUCGUUUGCAAAGAAUAUUAUAUUGCCCUUUACACUUUCAAAUGACAACGUCUUUGGACCGGACCGACGCCACGUUCAAAGAACGCUCGGCGUAGGGUCCUCUCGCGCUGUGCCACGGUUGUUCAUGGCGCAUGGGCUCCACAUGUGGAGGGGUGACUGGUUGACACAGUCGAGGUUCCGACAGCAGUCGUUCAUCUCAAUUCUUGUCUUGUUUCAGGGGUGUUUCUCGUCCGAAAUGCUGGGCAAAAGUGUGCUUAGGCCAGUGUGUGUUUGAAGCAAAAUCCGGGGGUUACACUGGAGUUUCCUUUUUUGUGUUCUUU